UUCCGCUGUGGCUGACCAGUCUCGCAGGAAGCCAGCUAUGGGUCCCUGCUCAGAGGACCACCCGCUUUGCUGGGCCUCCAGUUUCCUGCUGUUUAUCAGCCUCCUCCUCAGUGUCUGCCGUGCUGUGGCUGAGAGUUCUGGGGCACACGGCUCUGCGGUUAAGGACUCCGGAGCCCACGUUCCUCUGAAGGGGAUCCGAGGAGGUUCUGUCUUGUUUGGUGUGACCCAGAAGGCAGGAGCAGUUCUGGAAACUGAGCUGGAGGAGCUCUGCUGGAGCUUUACCCCGGAGUCAGACUACAGAGUCAUGUUUCGAAUCCAGAGAGGCGUCCAUUCUCCAACCUGGUUCAGCCUCCAGGACAAAUUCAAGCAGAGGGUCCAGGUGCCCGACUUGGCCUUCCUGAAGAUUGAGAACCUGAGCCUUGAGGACAGUGGGCAUUACCGAGCUCAAGCCAGGUUAACGGAAGGAAGAGAAGUUUUGCAGUUUUUCCACCUUACUGUCUAUGAUCCUGUGCCCCAUCCGCACAUCCUGGCUCAGUCACCAUCCAUCGCAGCAGGCUGGUGCAACGUCACCCUGGAGUGCAGGGCCCCAGGGGCCACAAGGGACCUGAACGUGACCUGGGAGAGCAGGGGCCUCCCCUUGGAGCUGGAGCAGAGAGGGACACCAGGACCAGCCCUCGACUGCUGGACCUUGGUUGUGAGCUUGCCCCUGAGUCAGCCCAAUGCCAGCUUCACCUGUGUGAUCAGAAAUCCUAUGGACCAGAAAACUGUCACCAGAGAUGUUGGGGACAUCUGUGACCAAGAUUCACAUGGACGGGACAUGGCUAGACUGCUGCCACUCAUCCUAGGGCCUAUUGUGGUUUUGAUGUUGAUCCUGGGAGCUACAUCAUACCGUUGGAAGACACAUGGGAAGAAGAAGAAGAUGGAACCAGAACAAGGUUACCGGUUGCAGAAGGACCAGAGAGUUGAGGAUGGUGGCAUCAGCUAUGAAGAGCUGAUGAGGCCGACGUUUCAGGUGGGUAAGAACAAGGUGAGGGCUGGGGCCACUGGCCAUCCAGGGCACUCCCAGGUCCCUCACUGCCCAGUCCUGGGCUUCCAAACCCAGGCAUCUGCCCCUUCUGGCUCUGCUGCCUGUUCAUGUGUUUCUGGACAAUCGACACCAUUUACUAACAAAGAUUUGUAACUGGUGUCAAUGCAAAGCUUUGCACUUUGGGGAAUUUCAUAAGAAGAGCAUGUCAGUGGGCACUGGCUCUGCAGGUCCUUUUGGGGCCCUUUUAUCUCUCAGCUGCCCCAGGACCCCUCUGUCUUGCAUUCCAGGGCAUCAGUGAACUACAUGUGGAAGAAAAGGUUCCUGUGACUGCUGUCUACAGUGAGGUCCAUAACUCAGGCCGGGCCAUGAAUAUCAUUUAAUGGGAGGAAGCAGGAGGAUCGGCACCACCGGGACACGUGUGCUCUGAGCCUGAAGCCUGCAGACACCUGCCUCUGCCAGCUGCAGUUCGGCUCCAGCUGCCUCUAUGUUAGCCUGACUUUGCAGCCAAAAGCUCUACGGGUACUCAUGGGUGUUUACGUUCUGUGACACCUCCUCAAGCUGUCCUGAUACUCAGGAUUCUCACCCCUGCCAGCUGAGGGUUCAUGCUCUGUCAUUCACAAGGGUUCUGACUCUUCUGCAAAACCUUCCCAAGGGGACCGUGUCUGAUUGUGCAGGUAGCAAAUCCCCACCGCUUCUGCUCUGUGGCUAGUCUGUGUAAUUCUGAGAACAGAAGCCCAGGUGUGGGAGCUGUGCAGACGAGUUUUUUGACUGUGCCACAGGGCAGAGAGUUAGGACCCGGGUUCUGGGUGCUGAGUUAGGGUCAAAGGAGGCAGCAUGGGAGUGUGGAAGCCCCUUCAGAGACUGGCCUGAGGUUUUCUUUGCAGAUUUCACGUAGGCCUCCCUUGUGCGUGUCGAGCAGUGUGUGCUUGUUUGUGUGUGUGCAUUGUGGGGAGUGUCUAGGGCACAUUAUACAAAUCAACCAAAGCCACCUUCCUUUUCACCUGUGCUAAGCUGGACCUAAGCCUCAGCGCUGGCCUCUGGACCCAAAGUUAUCUUCCUGUGGAUUGGAAAGAGGAAUUUGCAUUAUCUCUAGCUUUACCAGCCUGUGCUUUCAUUAGCCAUAUUCUUUCCAAAUACUUUGUUUAUAUUUCAAGCUGUCUGUGCUGCAUUGGUUCCAUGAUGGGACUUAUAUUUGAAAAUAACAGAAAUUUUUGACUUUUUUGUGGUUUCAAAAAAUUGCUUUAAAAAUUUGAACGAUAAUAACCAGCUAGACCAUGUGAUUGAAAAACGAGUAUGUAACCUCACGGUAAAAACAAAAGAAGUAUUGUCAAAGUGAAAUGCCAGAGAUAUCAACUUUCAAACUUAGUACUUAAGGAAGUGAAAGGAAGUUUCAUACUUAAUAACCUAAUACUAGCAUACUGAAUUUAAUAGAAUCUGGAUGGAGAAAAACUUUUUCUCCAUUACACAUUAAAAUAAACAUACGCCAAGAUCAGGUAUAAUUUAUUCCUCAGCUAGAAGGAUGAUUCAACAUACGGAAAUGAAUAAAUGUGAUAUAACACAUUCAUACAGCGAAGGAUAAAAAUCAAUUAUAUGAUCCAUACUGGUCAUUAAGGUGGCUGAAAAAGGCACCCACACUCCCCUCCUCCACAAAGAAAGACCAAAAGAGUGAGUAGAUAACCACAUGUUGAUCGGAGUGUGUUAAAAGGGAACACUGACAUUCAGCAGGGUAGUGACCCAAUGUCACUUUCUCGGAGGCCUGGAGAGAUAGGGCUGUGGAGCAGCCGGGCUGGCCAGCAUCAGCUUGGAGCAUAGAGGAGCUCCCCAUUUCACAGAAAGGUAAGUGAGAGAUCCCCUGUGGUCCACAUUUGCACAGUGAACCCCUGCAGUCUUAGCCAUGUGAGAACCUGUUAGCCCGGGUGAAUCCUGAGACUAGUCCAGGGAGCUGUGUGGACUCUGUGUGAUGGCAUGUUCCAGAGGGGGAGUUUGCGCUGGGUCCCAUUGACCCCUGACACCCAAGGAGCAGCAUCACAGUGCAAUUUUCAGAGCCCAAUCCCCAGCAGACUACAUCCUACUCUAGGGCCCCAGGGCCCCUUCAUCUCCACAUCUGGAGUCCACUGACAUCGCCUCACAUCUACCUAGGAGGCUGCAGUGGAUUCAAAUAGACAUUUCUCAAAAGAAGACAUACAAAUAGCCAAUAAAUAUAGGAAAAAAUGCUCAACAUCACUAGUGAUUCGGGAAAUGCAAAUCAAAACCACAAUGAGAUAUCAUCCCACACCAGUUAGGAUUGCUAUUAUCAGAAAGAUAAAAAAAAAAAACAAAUGCUGAAGAAGGUGCAGAGAAAAGGAAACUCUUAUAUACAUUGUUGGUGGGA